AUGGUCCGCGAUGCCUUCAGCUGGGACCACACACACUCGUACCUAUCCAGUCCUCUGGUGGGACGGCCCUUGAGGUUGAGGUCCACGGCUGACGCUGGAAGGAUCCCGUCUGAUGGCUCCGCCUCUCUGCUCCACCCCUCCCUCCACCCCCCCCAGGGCUCUCUGGUCAAACCCCAGUGUGAGCUCCACCCCUUCCUCCCGCAGCCCGCCGAUGUCCAAUGGGCCGCCUCGCUCACCGACUCCGCCCUCAGCCCCGCCCACCUGCAGGCUGAUUGGCUGUCUGCUACCAUCCUGGGCCUCGACGGGGGGCUGGCUCUGUCCACGGUCGCCCGCGCUGCCACGGCAACCAUCCAUCCCCACGUGGUUCUGAGCGUGCUCACUGAGACCGUCUCGGUGCGGUGCGGACUGGGCGAGCCGGUGCUGCUGGACUGCCGCUUCUGGGCGGACCCCUCGUCCCCGCUGUCGGCGGGGGGCUUCGCCGUGGAGUGGCGGUACCAGUUCAGGGGUCAGGGCCGCCUGGUCCUCGCCUACGACGGGAAGACGGACCGCCUGGCCCCCGGCCCGCAGGAAGGGGCGGCGCUGGACUUCGCCGGCCUCCACGCCGCAGGAAACGCGUCGCUGGUCCUGCAGGAAGCCGAGGCGCGGCACUCGGGGACGUACGUCUGCGCCGUGCACCUGCCCCACCUGCUGGCCCAGGUGACCGUGGAGCUGGAGGUGGUAGAGCCCCCCUCCCUCUCCAUCAGCCCCUCCCCGCUGCCCCUCGCCGCCCCCGGCCAGGUGCUCAGCGUCCGCUGUGAGGCGUCCGGCUUCACCCCCCUCCCCCUGGAGCUGAGCUGGGAGUUCCUGGGGGCGGACGGGGCCCCCGCGGCCCUGGGGGAGGCCAGCCUGUCCGGCCACCGGGAGGCCUGGGACGGCACCUACAGCCAGAGCAGCCUGCUGCAGCUGGACACCAGCGCCCUGGGCCGGGGGGGGGGGCUGGUGUGUGUGGCCCGACACCGUGGGGGGACCAGGCGCUCCAAGGUCGCCCUAGAGGUCAUAGGGUUCAGCACCCCCUCCAUCCAGGACUCCAUGGCGAUGGUUGCCGUGGCGCUGCUGCUCUACGGAAUCAUCACACUGGCCUUCAGGAACAUUGCUGGUUCAGACGGGGUCAGACCCAAGGAGAAAGACCAGUGAGCAGGCAGGGAGCUCGUCGCCCUGGAAACGCUUCAGCCAAUCAGCGCUUCUCCUCCUGCUCCCCUGAUGUGUAGACACACUGUAGUCUGGGAUCGAUGACGUGUGUUGACUGUGUGUUUUCUACGUGUGAAAUGUUAAUAUUUUGUGUGUGUGACCAUCGAGGUUGUUAAUUUUGCGUUAGCUUCUAUGCAUAGUUCUAUAGUCUGGCUCUAGGCUAGCUAUUUAAAAUAGCAGUAAUGAGGAACUGGAAAAUAGUGUUAAACACUUUAUUUUAAUGCAAUCUAUUGUUAUUAUUUUUGGCUGUCCUCCCACCAGUAAAUGGUUUCCAGUCUUACCGAGGUACAUGGGAAUGAUUGCGUCAUAAGAGGUAUAAAUUACCUUUAACCUCCAUUGAUAGGCUACUAUUCAUGAAGAGUUUUCUUUUAAGGUCCUGGUUUGGAAAAGUGGCAGGGAAAUAUGUAGAAAACACAAAUGGCCUUUAGAAUAUAGAAAAAAUAAACAAAUAUUGAA